UCAUAAAAAACUCAACUUAUUAAACUGGGACACCAUAACCCUACCAAAAAAUGAGGGUGGACUGGGUAUCCAAAAAAUUUAUCUAAAAAAUGAGGCUCUUCUUGCUCAACUUGCCUGGAGAAUCCACAAAACCCCCAGUCUCUAUGGGUGUCUGUCCUUCUUCAUAAAUAUGCUAAAAGAAGCCAUAUAACUGCCUCUUCCAGCCAUAACAUGUUCUCUAGCUUUAUAUGAAAAAUUAUUCUUCGUGGCUGGAAUUUUCGUAAGAAACAUAUUCGAUGGGUUAUUGGAGACAGAUCUAAAAUAGCUCUUUGGGAAGACGAGUAGAUCCCUUACCUACAACCCCUAACCAAUAUCUUAAACGGGCCUAUGUCUCAACAGGACCAAGCUCUAAGAGUUUGAGAAAUCAUCGUCGAUAAAUCUUGCGCCAUUGAUGGGUUAUCCUACCAGCUGCCCAGUAACAUUGAAUUAUAUCUCAAGUUUAUUCCCGUUCCGCUCCUAAACUGAGGUCAAGACUAUCAAACAUGGGCUCUCACUUCCAUCGCCUAAUUUUCUACGAGAAAUGCUUACAACCAAUUACUUAAGGAGAAAUUUUUCCAUUCCCCCAACUUACUUGACUUCCAAUAAACCUAGGGUCUCAAAUGUCCUAAUAAGAAUAAAUACUUUAUCUGGUUAUGCCACCAUGGACACCUCUCCACCAACCAUUACCUUAAUACUAUUGGGAUUAAUACUUAACAACAUUGUGUAAUGUUCAACGAGGUUGAGACCGUACAACACAUUUUUCUCAAAUGCCACAUUGUGCAAAAGUUCUGGGCAGCUCUGGAUCUCCUUCCUGCCAUCCAACUCAUUGCUCAACUCAAUGAUAAUGCUUGGAUAAGAAAAUGUCAAAAUUUAAACAUUCCUUCUAUCCAUGACCUCAUCGCGUGGAAGGACGCUUUUCCAUUCUAUAUAUGAAGUAUAUGGCUAACUAGGAACCACAAUAAACAUAAUGAGGCCAAAAUCAACAUUCCUACUACAACCCCUUUUGUAAGAGCCUCUGAAUUCCUGUUCCUAAUCGGCAUGCCAAGACCUGAUAAAUCUAUUAUAAGUACAUCCUGGAAGUACCCUAGUAGAGGUCUUAAACUAAAUUUUGAUGGCUCUAGUAAUUAUUUCGCUAAAGCCGGAGGGGCUGGAGGUGUAUUCUGUGAUGCUAAUGGGUUUUGGGUUAAGGGAUAUAGCGCCAGAAUUAAUGUUAACUCACCCCUAGAAGCUGAGCUAUCUUUGUUUUGUGGUCUACAGAUUGCUAAAGAUAUGGAUAUUUUCCUCAGCCUGUGGAGCCCACAGAUGAAGCAUGAUGAUCGCAGUCAAAAUAAGUUAGCUGAUAAGCUUGCUAAGGAAGGCCGGAAGCUGAAUUUAAACAAGAUUUUUGUUUUAUAGACAACACCUCUAGACUUUGUUCAAAGACUACUGCCAGUUGACUUAGAAGAAUUCUCUUUUGCAGGGCCUUCUGUGCCCCCUCUAUGUUUUUGUAAUAAUAGUGUUAGGCAAACACUGUCUCCUCUUCGGUUUGCAAUAGCUACUCCUGUAAUCUCUUAUGAUGCAUAGUAAUGAGUAAAAUAUCCUCCUUUAACCAAAAAAAAAAAGAUAAGCUGUGAUUUUAUUUAUCUUUUUCCUUUAUUGAACCGAAAUGUGUACAAAGGUGGCUAAGGCCCAAAUGGGGACUCAAUCCCAAAGAAAAAAAAGGAAAAAAGUCAAAAGAAAAAUAAAAAAAUCAAACAAAACAAAAUCUAAAGAAUUGUCUCUUCCUC